UUCCUUUAAGUACACAGGGGGCCUAGAGGGCAGGCUGCCAGGGAAUAUAUGGGGCUAGACAGCCUGCUUACUUGUAACACAAGGUCCCUUUACAGAAUUAUCCACGCUCCGCUGGAGCCGCCUGGCCCCGCCCCCUUCCGUCCCUCCAACAACACACAGCAUCCAUCCUCAUGGGCUCACACGCUGCGUGAUCCACAUCACAAACCGACAGAGCGGUGGCUUGGCCGAGCCUCAUGGAGUAGUAGGACUACUAGUAGGAGGAGGUGGGCUGCUCUCGGCUACCUUUCGUUACUUUCCUCCCUUUCUUCUUUUAUGGAGUCGCCUUUUUGUCCGGAAUAUCGCAGCAUCCCAUAGCGGUUCCUUCAGGCGUCCAAGAAGCCUUUUCAGGUGAAUGCUUGCGGUUUCAGAGAACCGUGCGAGCAUCAUCCAUAAAACGGAGAACCUCAGUUUAAAUUCACUCGACGGCUCUCCGCCCGGUUGACGCGUCCUUGAAAAGGAGAGUGAGUUUCCUCCGGCUCUGCGACGACAGCGAGUUAAUGUUUGCGCUGAGCUUCCUUCAAGCGAAGACAAAGAUAGAUUAGAAGACGGCACAAAGAGGAAUGAUCUGUACGGGACCGGAGUCUUCCGCUGCAGAGUGAGCUCCUUUGAAUCUUAAGAGCACAUAGUCUCCUUGGAGACAAGAUGGCGUCCCACAACACUUUACGCAGCUACUCCAUCAUCCCCUGUUUCAUCUUUGUGGAGCUCGUCAUCAUGUCUGGCACCGUGCUCCUGGCCUACUACAUGGAGUGCACGGACCUCUUCGGUGUGCACGUGCAGGGCUUCUUCUGUAACGACGCCGAGCUGAUGAAGCCGUACCCCGGCACUGAGGAGUCCAGUUUCGUCCCUCCCCUCAUCCUCUACUGCGUGGUCGCUGCUGCUCCCACUGUUAUAAUCUUCAUCGGGGAAGUGUCCAUGUACGUGAUGAAAUCAACAAGGGAAGCUCUCCUUGCCCAGGAGAAAACGAUAGUGACAGGAGACUGUUGUUACCUCAACCCGCUCAUUCGCCGCAUCAUACGCUUUAUAGGUGUGUUUGCAUUCGGCCUGUUCGCCACAGACAUCUUCGUCAAUGCGGGCCAGGUAGUGACCGGCGGCCUCUCGCCCUACUUCCUGUCCGUCUGCAAGCCCAAUUACACCGGCACAGAGUGUCGGUUCAAUCACCAGUUUAUCGUCAACGGAAACAUUUGCACUGGGAAUCCCGUUGUUGUGGAGAACGCACGCCGGUCGUUCCCAUCCAAGGACGCUUCAUUGAGUGUUUACUCUGCUGUGUACCUGACGAUGUACAUCACCAGCACAAUCAAGACCAAGUCCAGCCGUCUGGCCAAACCUGUGCUCUGUCUGGGCACGCUCUGUUCGGCUUUCCUCGCCGGCCUCAACCGAGUGUCCGAGUAUCGAAACCACUGCUCUGAUGUCGUGGCCGGAUUUAUUCUGGGAUCAGCCAUCGCACUGUUUCUGGGCAUCUGUGUUGUGAACAACUUUAAAGGAGUUCAUAAUCCAGCAACCAAACAGAAGACGGAGGAAUACCGUGGAUUGCCAUUGAUGACUUUUCCCCGUGUAGAGAGCCCACUGGAGACCCUCAGCGCGCAGAACCACUCGGCAUCGAUGACGGAGGUCACAUGACUAAGGGGGCAGCACCGGGUCACGUUUGCGUCUCCACAGCACUUCCAGGCACAAUGACGAGGACGCAUGCCACGUGGCGCCGAAUGCAUACAACAACAACAACAACAACAACAACAAAAAAAGAAAUCACUCCAGAUUUAUCUGUUUGAAUCACCCGGAGGACAGGAUACUCCAUGUUUGUAGUGGUUUUCAUUUCGCUUGGCUUCUCGCUACUCGGCCAGCCAAGACCCACAAAUCUAACCGGUGCGAACUUGUCAGAAAGCCAACUCACUGUCAGCACGGGUUGUUUUUUUUCUCCAGGUACCUGAAAGCCUUCGAAACAUGGCGCGUUUCUUUUGUCCUCCAGGGUGGCUCUUUGUAGUUAGCGAAUGGUGUUUUUGUACGUUUUUGUAUGAGCGAGUGCCGUAGCCUAUCCUGACAAUGUCAAACCUGCACACUUCCUGUCAGCUAACUCACUGUGUUACAUCACACCCUGUCAGAUGAAAUGCCUCAUCGGUCACCACAUCCAUUCCACUCAGUCUUAAAACUCUGCUAUGGGGGGAGGGGGGGCGAUAUUGAUGUUGUUGUUAUGUGGUGUUUGUCAUUUGUACAGAAAAAAAGAGAGACAGAAAUGUUCUUUUUAUUAUCUCUGUGCAUUAAUUGACCAUUAUAAGGUCAUAUUUUUUAAGGAUUUUUGUUAGUCUGUAUGACUAUUAUGAUCCAUUUGGACCUGUUUGCCUGCUGUAAACCUGAAUAUGUUUUAGUAUCAGUUUAGGUGUUUGGGGGAACAAGUCUUGUCAUUUUUGGAGGAAACAUGAGGAGGGGUCACUGGCGUCCUCUGGGACUCGCUACGGGGUCUGGCAUCAGUUGAGAUCAGAUGCAAUAUUUGAAAAUGCCAUUACUCAGAAAGCUCGCCAGGAGUGUCAUUCACCCCAAUUUCCUGAUUCACUCUGAUGUUGAAAACAAUGCCUUGAAAGCAGCCCAUUGGGUCUCGCAUGUGUCAGAUCCAUGUACAGAUUUCCCCUUCUGUGCUCGUUAGAAAUACGUCUUUGCUGAAAUUUUAAUGGAGGACGUUUCUAACAGAUAGAUGGGGUAACGAAGCCGGACAGGUUUGAGUAAAAUGAGGCGUUUGGUGUUUUUCAAGCGAACCCGGCCGUUGACGCCCGCUUCACUUUUCCUCCUCGAGGCACCCCUUCCUCUCCCUCACCCACCAGUGGAUUGUGAUGCAAUGUUGUGAAUCCAUUUCCUAUUGGAAGAUAAGCCCAGCAUGAAGAGAGAAGUCGAUAAUGUUUUAUAGAUAUUACUCAUUAUCAUUGUGAUUAUAUGUCUUUUUCUUUAAGAACAAAAAAAUAAGCAUUUCAUCUGAAAUGCUAUAUAUAUUUUUUUCUUUGUUUGUCCAAAAAUUAAAUAGUCAGUAGCAA